AUGGCACCGAAGUCUUUGACGGAUUGCCCCGAGAACCUUCGAGAGGCGAUCGACUGGCUCAUCCAAGUGAAGCAGGGCGGCGGAAUUACGACAUUAUGCAACGCUCUCCGUAAGUUGUUCGACAAUGUUACUCAGGACGCUCAGAAAUCUCUGUCGUCUUUCCCCGAAUCAGAUGACACGUACGCCAGAGAUGUUAUCUCCAAGCUUCAAGAGUUUCAGAACGCUGUUACGAAAGACUCUGCGAAUCUUAAUAAAAACAUUUUACAUAAUCUCUGUUCCGCCGUUGAGAAGUUUAUAGGCUACCAGACUCCUGGAACCUACGAUGGUUCCGGGAUUGUGUACGGCGACGCCUCCCGUCUGUGCGAUGCCGUGUUGUCAUUUCUCCAUGUUCUUUUCACUGAUGUCUAUGAAAAUCAGCCGUACGUUGCUGGUGGAGUUUUGUUAGGUGGCCUAGUUAGUGACCUUGAAAAGGCCAAGUGGACUGGGCACCAUGGCUUUUCCUCUGUCAUCCCCAAGGUGGCCAGUGGCCUCUAUAAGUACAACUCCGCUGUCAAGGCUUCGAACGAAAAGGUCAGGAAGCCGAUUGAUGAGGUGAUCGCAUUUGUGGAAGAGGGUGGUGAGUUGCUUACGGAACUUAAUAGUGUUCAGGCUGACCAUGCUACCGGGAAACCGGACGUCGAGGAUGCUCAGGUGUCCAAGGUUGUCGGGCUGGUGGAGAAGUGCAAAGAGGUUGCCAAGGACUUUUCGAGACGCCUGGACUCUGCUAAAACCGCCAUAGGUGACCUGAACCCGCAGCUGAGAUCAAAACUUGAGAAUUCCAGGAAAAGCUUCUUCAAUCACGUGGGCUGGCUGAGCAAGUGGUCUCGCAAGGGUCAGAAAAAGAAGUUGGACGACAUGAUUCAUAAAAUCAAGACAAGGCUUAGGAGGCUCGGGAAGGAAGUCAAGGAUAGAAUUAAACAAGAAGUGCACGCGCUUGUCCGCUUGUUGAAGGAGCGUGUUAGGAAGAUUAAAAGGAAGUUGGAGGAUAUUCGUGAGAGCCUGGCGAAAUACGUUCAGGAUCUGGUGAAGUGGAUGGAUGAGGCCAAAAGCUAUAUUGAUCAAGUAAAGGAAUAUGUUGACAAGAUAUUAAAGGAAAUUUAUGGAGAGAAUAAACAGAAGAUUGAUGAGGCCGCCGGGGAGAUUGAUGCCACACUUAGCAAGAAAGUUGCGGAGCUGAAUAAGUGGAUCGAAACUGCCGACUCCGCCGUUCAGGCGGCUAUGCAGAAGGCGCAACAUGUAUAUGAGCAGUUGGAUCAUAGUGAAAAAAAUCCACCUGGCGGGACGACAAAUAUUUGUCGGGGAAUUAAGCAGAUUACCACAGCUAAAACGCAAGUUUCCAAUGUUGAUGGUCAGCUUAUCCAGCACAUUGGUGAUUUAGGUAAAUGGAAAGAUGCGGCAAGCGCUGUCCUUGGCACAGCGGUGAGCAGGGCAGGAGAGGUGCGUGACAAGUUGGAUCCUAAUCUGACAGAUGAUCAGCAUAAAAUUGGUCACAACAUUGAGAAGAUUAAGACUUCCAACGAUGCGAUUCAAACUGCAAAUAAGACUCUCGGCGAACAAGUCGACAGUCUGCGUUCUUGGAUCACCACGGCGGAUGGUAUCCGUCAAAAGGCGCAGGAAAAAGCGGAAGAGGCUUAUAAAAAGUUAAAACCUCAUGAGGCUCUGACCCAAAAAAUCGGAGAGAUUAUGAAUGCUAAUAAGAGAAUUGAGAGCGUGCAUACUGAGCUGGGAAAGGUUCAUAGCAAUUUGGGAACGUGGAAUAAGCAGGCCAAGGAUGUGCUUACAGGGGCGAUUGGAAAGGCGACGGAAGUGUAUACCAAGUUGUAUCCCAAUAUAACAGAUAAAGAUAAAGAGAAUCCUGUUGGCUAUCACCUUAAUGAAAUUACGCAAGCUAACGGGAAGAUUCAGAGUGCAAAUACAGAGCUUGCUGGCGAAGUUGAUAACUUAGGUAAGUGGAAUGCUGCUGCCGAGGAUGUUAUUUCCAAGGCGGAGGAUAAGUGUAAAGCAAUUUUGGAGAAAGUUAAGACAGAUCCUAAAGGUAAAGAUGAUACAAUUUUUAGUAAAGCCAAAAAACUAAGUGAAGAUGGUACAACACUUUUGCAGGCUGCGAAGGAUGCUAAGCAGGCUGUUGAGGAGAAAGUCACUAGGGCCUUGCAGGCUGUUGUGGCCAUGGACCAAAGUCUUAAGAAGGAUUUGAAGGGUGUGAAAAAGGAAAUCAGGGAAGGGAUUUGGCAAGAGAUUCAAAACAUAGGGGUCUUGAAGUUGAACGAGAAAGUGCGGGAUGAUUUGGGGACGUUGAAGCAGAGGAUUGAGGGGCUUAAAUAUGGUCUGGACGGCGAUGACAAGAAGCAACCGCUUGUUCAGAAGGCAUUUCAUGAGCUUGAGAAGGCUAAGACGAAGCUGGAUGGCCUUGCUGGUGAUGGCGGUAGAAUUAAGACACAGACUACGCAACUUGAAACUAAUUUCAAGGACGUGAUCCAGAAUCCGCUUAACAUUGCGGUAGGUGCAGUUGACUCGGCGAUUGGGGUGCUUGGCGGGAAGUUUGAUAGAAAGUUGAAUAGCAUUGAUGGGAUUUUCGGGCAUAUUCGUAAGGAAGUUGCGGAAAUAAAGGGGAAGCCGGGGGACCAUCAAGGUAGCAAUGCCAAAGGUCUGGAGGGAAUUGUUGGUGGCGUAAAAAGGUAUGCGGAGAAGUUCAAAGAGGGAGCGUUUGACACAAUAGUUGAGGGGUGGGUGAGGGGGAGUAUUUUGCCAAAUGAGCCGAUGAAGGGUUGGGUUAAGAAGUAUGCGGAUAUCAAAGUUAAGGCACAAUUCACAGUCCCAAAUGCAAGUGGCAAGAGUUCAGAUCUUCAGGACAGGAUCGCAAAUAAAGUUAGGGAGCAGCUUAAGAGGACGAUUCCGGACGCCUUCACGGCCUUUGCAGUUUCGGACCUAACUCCUAACAUCGCAAAGGAUUUGCAAAAGGUCAUGAAAGCGUGUGACACAUUUGCAAAACAGCUUGGAAAUCAUAUUAAGGAUGAGGGAAAGAUCGCUGCGCUCUCUAAGGCGAUAGCUAAGGAGAUCGAGGAUAGACUAUGGGGUGAACAUAAGCUCAAGGAUCCUCGUUACACACCUGGUAGCAUCACUGAUACGAAUCUCAUUGACGCUAUUAAAGGCAUUCUCCCCGUUCUCGUAUCCACUUCCUGGAAAGCUGCCAACGAAGUUGAAUGGUUCACCACAGGCGCUGGUCUUACCAACCUCAGCACUAAUGUACACAAUGCGUUAAAUACGGCUACAACUUUAGAGCAACAGCUUACCGAAGCGACGAAGAAGUCCGAUGAUGGCACAGCUCAAGCAGUUGACAGGAGGUUGAGUGCAGUGAGCAGUAAGGUUGGUGGGCUUGUUCAACGGUUUAAUCGAGAAGUCAAAAAUAAACUUCAGGCUGAAGUCGACCAACUUCCCAACGCCGUUGACCAGUUCAACAAUGAAGCUGAAAAACAGAUCAGGGAUGCCGCUAAUACGGCGAUUGUGAAGGCGACCAAUGAAAUUAGUAAGAGUGAUGUAACUGAAAAUGACGUGAAGAGGCUGAUGAGUAACUUCCACAACGUCUAUGAUACAAUUCAAAAGGGGCUCAAACGGCAACUUGAUGAACAAGUUGAUAAGCACAUUGGGAAGGAUGAUACGGCAAGUGGUCAAGGUGCCACAAUUACUGAGCUUGCUGGUGGAAGCUUUGAGCAAUAUAGGGAACACGUUAACCAGGAUUCAGAUGGCCUUAAGAACAAUGACUUAAAAGGCAAGCAAGACGAAGGCCAUCUUCCAGAGGCGAUCGGGAAGAUCAAGACUGAGGUGGACAGUGCUUUGAAAUUAAUCGAUAAGAAUGGCGGUGUCGGUAAAGCAAAAAUAGACAGUGAUACCUUCGAAGAGCCAUUCUCUUAUAUCAGGGACGGACUCAUAGAGAUCGCCGCACUGGUUGACAGUACGCAGUCGACUCAGCUGCAGCUGCCGGACCCGGACGGCGUGAAGCAUCACUUGACGGAUUUGGAAGAGAUGAUUAAAAAUAAUGGAGAUAGUGAAUAUACCCUUAUAUCCAAUGAUUUAACAAAUUUAAAAGUCAAAGGCCUUGGUGCAAUCACAAAGGCGAUUGACAGACUGCAAGAAGGGCCGUUUCAUAAACAACCCGCUGCAAUUGAGAAAGCCGUCAAAGACAUUAAGGCGCAGCUUAAAGACCUUAGAGAGAAGAUGAAGAAUGAGGAAGGUCAGCCGAAAGAUGAUGUUAUUGAGACAUUAAAAGAUUUGCAAGAGAAGGGUCUGGCAAAUGGUGACAAAUCUUGGAAGCAAAUUAAAGGUCAAAAUGUCAGUGGACUUGAGAAAAUCGAAAAGGACCUUAAAGGGCAGAAUGACAAGCUGCCUGAGCAAACCAAGCAAAUCACCUCAGCCGUUACUGCAAUUACGGUGGCGCUUAGGGGGCUCGGAUUCAAGUUGAAUAAUGGACUCUUUGAUGAUGCCAUCAUAGACCAGUUGGAACAAUUGAAAAAGAAGAUCGGUCAAAACGACGUAGAGGCAGGGAAUCUCCAACACAUUCACGAAGUGAUUAAAAAGCUGCAAUCCCGUGAUUUUAGUGAUAAUUCGCGAGAUAUUGGCAACGCCAACAAAGCAAUUGAAGACGAACUCAAAGCGCAGAUGAACACGUUGGACAAAGAUGUCAUUGAGACUCUGGGCGAUUUAAUAAGCAAUGGGCUGAGUGAAACGUGGGAUAAAAAUACAAAUGGAAAUCAAAAAGGCCUUGAUGCAAUCAAAAAUGAUCUUAACACUCAACAAGGCAUAUUGUCCCUCCAGCAUCCGGCAAUCGGCCAAGGCGUCGACAAGAUCACCACGGAGCUUGAGAGUCUGAGGAGUGAGUUGCUGGGUGAGGAGGACUCUGAGCCACAGAAAAGAGGCGUGAUAAAGAAUAUGGAAUUUAUGAUAAAGCAGAUUGGAACAAAGGAUGACGAUAAGGAUAGCCUCAAGAAAAUUAAGAAAGAAAUUGCCACGCUCAAUAGGUAUACAGUCCCCAAAGUCGACAAAUACCUUACUGCCAUGUGUGAAGCUAUUCAAAAAGCAGGCGCGUACGCCGGUUGGCAUCUGGGUCAGUUGGAAACUACGCAUAUUAAUGGAAAACUCAACAAAAUCAAGAAUGACAUUGACACCCUCCGCACCGGUGACCUCCAGGAGGCCAUCGAGGCGUGCGACAAGUUCCUCAGUGACGCCGAUGACAUAGAGCGGAACACUGUGAAGGAGCUUGAGAAAUUCGUGGACUACGAGGUGGAAGAUGCAAUCGCGGAGCUCACCAAGCAGGCGCGGCGGGACUAUGUGGAGUCCGUGCAGGACGCAUUAAAACACUUCGCCAACAAGGUGGCCGGGGAGCUGGGGGGACUGCCUGGGGACAUCGAACAUGACUUGACGAUCGGAUUUAAAGGGUUCAUGGCCAAAUUAGAAAAUGGGUUUGUUAAGAACAUCCAAAAAAUAAAUGGCAUCGAUUUCAAGGACUUUAGCAAUAGGUCUCCGCUCAGCCAGGUGGCUGAAAAAGUCAGCGAAGCCGUACAUGGAUUUUUCCCCAAACUCAUGCAACAGGAGGAAUUUUUAAAUGGUGGAUUCCCGAAGUCGUCGGAUCCCGUUAAUCCCAAGAACUUGACGGAUGAACAAGUUGAGACUCUGGAGUCCAUGCCGGCGAAUAUGCUGCAAUUCAUGUCACUCAUCGACGCGCUCGACGAUCUAAUUCAGUACAUCGAAGCAGGCGGCCAUUUCGAUUUCCCGUUCACAGCGCCACUCAACAGCCUCAAAAAGCAGCUCGCAGAAUUUACCUAUGACGCCUAUAAUGACGGUCAGAGAGCCCUAUUACGUCCGCUGAAAAAUGGUAUUAACGGUAUAUAUGCCGAACUGAGCAACGCCUAUAUAAGCACUUACUCUGGCCAGGAAUUCACUGCUGCGUUGCUGGAGCCUGCGAUUUCCGACCAAAGCAAUGGACAAAACAGUAAAUUGACGCCUUACGGCGAGAAACUCUGUAAGGUCUUUCUUACUCUGCUACCGAUACUUGACACUUCAUUGACCGUAUUGACAAAUAACUGCAGGAGCCUCGCCGGACAGCAUCUCAACAGAUCUACGGACCUAGGCAGACUCCUCGGCGAACUAGGGUACAAUGUCCCAGGCGACGGCGAUCAGAGCGGCGAGUUGAACAGACACGUGACCGGUAAGGGAAUUACCGUGCUCCUUGUCGGCGAUUAUAAGCGUGUCUUCAACUCUGAUAAGGACACUAAGAAUGCGCUCGGCAUUCUUCUCGAAUGUCUCGAUGAUUAUUACAAGGCGUGUCACUACGUCACUUUAUCCUCCACAAGGUCGCCGUGCUCAGUCUACGAGAUGCUCUGUUGGCUGACGGGCCUUAAGUACAACUGUGUCUAUGAUAAGUUGCGUAAAUGCAUUAAAAUGUGUCACGAGGAGCAUACUGAGAAUAGCCUAUAUCCCACCGCAUUGACUGCCGAUGCUUUGGUUUCCGCCGUUAACAGCCUCACCGCCGACUCUCCCACCUUGCUCACCAGGGUGCUCGGCUACGGCAACGCAUUCACAACCUACGCCGUUGACUUCUAUAACAACUCACUGCAACUGUACUACCCGCAGGACGGCGAGGACUGCCUGCACAUGAUGCUUCAUUACUUAUGCCUAUUGCUCUCAGUGCUCAGACAUCUGCUCUCUCAAUGCUCACUUGCCGCUCACAACGGCGGCUGGGCGGAGUGCAAGUACGGCAGGGGGGUCCCACCAUACACGUGGCAGUGCGAUCCUCCGGUCACCGCCCUGCCUACCCCUCAUCCGGAGUGCACUGAUAAAUCGCCCCUGAUGUCGUACCUCAACGACUGCCUGCCCGGCCACCUGCCUCACCAGUUGGUCUCUGUUGGCUGUGAACCUAAAUGCAAAACGUGUCCCAACAGUGAACCUGGGAUGCCCUGCCUGAUUCCCCUUGGCUUCCGGGGUUUCUCGGGCAGCACCAAGACGGGCAAACAGCUGUGCGAAGUGCUGACCAAACUCUUCACCAACGAGCAUCUCUCAUCGCUGCUCAGCCUCGAACCCAGACCGCCGGCCACCUUGGCUGAGCACUUUGCCUUCGCCUUGUCGCUCGUUGCUGACUGGCACGACGGCAACAUUGUGCCUAAGAAUAGCCUUCAACAGGCCCUCGAGGCAUCCGCCACAGACUUGUCACUUCGCCUGUCACUCACCGCCGCCUACGGCUCGGACUCCGCGAAACACGGCGGAUGCAAGCACCCGCACCUCAUGCAUCUCGCAGCCUCCGACUUCUGCACAAGACACCAAGCUUCGCCCUUCCUCUCCACCCUCUGCCGUGGUAUGUACGACAGCCUCGCCCACCGACACUCCGACCUCUACCUCUCAUGGGCCAUCUACCUCCCUUGGACGUUCUACGAGAUGUUGCUUUGUCUAUACACCGCGUUCAAGGAAAUCUCCUGCCGCGACUGGGGCUGCGGUGAUUGCCUUCACGAAGGCCCCUGUGACGAGGGAAGCCACGGCGUCCGCACUCCACAGUCACCUGCCUCCGGCUGCCGAUGCCCCUCCAUAGUCCAGUGCAGGGGAGUGAUGCCGACGCUGUACAGUUACGGCCUCACCUUCAGGGACGCAUCGGCGCUGGUAUUGCAAGAGAAGAGUUGUUUCAACUUCCACACGCAGCUGAGUUAUGUCCUCAACUCUGAUCAUUUCAGAGAUCUCUUUGACCGGUGCGACCAAUUCUUGUGGAAGAUACGGACACCCUUCCUCUACACUGUGUUCUCAUUGUGGCUCAUCGCCACGCUCUACAUCCUCCACUCCCUCCUCUACCGCAUGGACGUGCUGCGCAUACGAUCUCACCUCAUGCGCACCAAGGCCUCUCACUUCAUCGCCGUCAAGGCCCUACUCACUAAAGGCCGGAAGAUGCUCUCACUGUACAGGGACGUCGACUACUUCGACGAUGACCCUCUUGACUUGUCACAGUAA